AAUCCCCAGUAAUGUCAUGGUUUAUAAUAACUAAUGUAAUCAAAUUACGUCCCGUCGUUGCUCCCCGACGAGUUCAACUUGUUGAGUUUGCAACCUCUCUCUUGGUCCAGUGUUGUGCUGGUCGCGGUCGUGACGUCACUGCCCGGGGUUUCCUCGCGAAAUGAAACCCAACGGCAUCAUGGCGGAGGCCGGUUGUUGGAAGACCCUGGAAUGAAAUGCCAGCUUUUUUACUGUCUUCACAGACCAUCAAACACGGAACUUCAACGUACAUCUCAUCGUAAAGAGGGAUUACCUCCCCACCCCUCCGCCUCUCACCCACCCCAAGGAAUAGAGAUUACGACAGUCCCAAACGUCCACUCGAGCUGGGUCGUUCUGGGCUGCUCUCCCAAACUGGGAGAUAGCUAGCCAGCUAACGAAAGAUAGCGUUAGCUCUCUAGCUAUAAUCUCACAAAUCGGUGCUCUUAGAAAAAGAGGAAAGUGCGGAGCCGGCGGACUUUGGCAAAAGUUUCAUCAGAGGAGCUAAACUAACACAAGUUCAACCACGUUGUUGGAGGCGGUGUGGGGGAAGUCUACAUUCAAGACUUCAGGAUGGCCCAACGCAAUGAGAAUGAAAGUGUCAGCAACAGCAGUGGCGAAUCAAGCAAUUCUGAUGAUGAAUCAGGUUCUGGAUCAGCAUCUGGAUCUGGCUCAGGUUCCAGUUCAAGCUCUUCUAGCAGUAGCAGUCAGUCAGGAAGCAGCGACUCAGGAAGUGGCUCAGACUCUGGCAGCCAGUCAGAGUCAGAGAAUGAGAAAUCCAAGGAAAAGAUUGACCCUCCAAAUAAGUCAAACAUUGUUGGCGCUGAGUUUUGGAAGUCCAACCCAAGUAUCCUGGCAGUCCAACGAUCUGCUCUACUCAGGAAACAGCAGCUUCAACAGCAACAGCAGAGGCAAAGCUCCUCGAACAGUGGAUCUGAUGAGGACUCAUCAAGUAGCGAUGAGUCAGACUCAUCAACUGGAUCGAAAAGGAGAAGAAAUUCUGGCUCCUCUGACUCUGGAUCAGAUUCUGGAUCAGGAAGUGGAUCUCGAUCAGACUCAUCUGCCGAGAACAACAGUGAUGAAACUGCUUCAGAUUAUGAGCCCAGUCAACCAACCAAAAGUAGAAAGCCUCCAACUAAGAUGAAAUUUCGUAAUGGUAAGAAGAGCAGCUCGCAGAAAACGAAAGCCCAAAAAUGUUCAUCUUCUGAGGAUGAGGAUAACUAUAAGAAGGUUGUCGCUCCUGGUCCACGGCGUCAGGCUACUGUCAACAUUAGCUACAAGGAAGACGAGGAGCUGAAAACUGAUUCAGAUGACCUUGUGGAAGUUCUUGGUGAAGAUGUCCCUCAACCUGAGGAAGAUGAGUUUGAAACACUGGAGAGAGUGAUGGAUAGCAGAAUUGGAAGGAAAAGGGCUGUGGGAAGUGUGACCACGGUAUAUGCUGUAGAAGCGGAUGGAGACCCCAAUGCGUACUUUAAUUCUAAUAAGGAGGCAGGGGAAAUCCAGUACCUCAUAAAGUGGAAAAACUGGGCCCACAUUCACAACACUUGGGAAACAGAAGAAACCCUUAAAUUUCAGAAUGUUAGGGGUAUGAAGAAACUGGAAAAUUUUAAGAAGAAGGAUCAGGAGAAAAAGAAAUGGUUAAAGGCAGCCUCACCUGAGGAUAUUGAGUAUUUCAAUUGCCAGGAAGAACUCAUUGAUGACCUGCACGCUCAGUAUCAACUUGUGGAGAGGAUCAUAGGUCAUUCUAACCAAAAAUCAGCUGCUGGUUACCCAGACUACCUGUGCAAGUGGCAGGGAUUGCCAUACUCUGAAUGUAGCUGGGAAGAUGGAGCUCUGAUUGCAAAUAAGUUCCAGAAAUGUAUUGAUGAUUACAUGAGCAGAAACCAAUCAAAGACCAUUCCAUCCAGAGAUUGCAAGGUGCUAAAACAGAGACCAAGGUUUUCUCCAAUGAAAAAGCAGCCGCAUUACAUAAGUGAUGGACUAGAGCUCAGAGACUAUCAGCUGGACAGUUUGAACUGGAUGGCCCACUCGUGGUGCAAAGGCAACAGCUGCAUCCUUGCAGAUGAGAUGGGUUUAGGGAAGACUAUCCAAACCAUCUCUUUCCUCAACUAUUUGUUUAAUGAGCACCAGCUUUAUGGCCCCUUCUUGCUAGUUGUACCUCUCUCUACAUUAACAUCCUGGCAGAGGGAAAUCCAGCUCUGGGCCCCUCAGAUGAAUGUUGUUGUCUACCUGGGGGACAUAAGCAGUAGGAAUAUGAUCAGAACACAUGAGUGGAUGCAUGUUCAUUCCAAGAGGCUGAAAUUCAACAUCCUUCUCACCACAUAUGAAAUUCUUCUCAAGGACAAGUCUUUUUUGGGCAGUGUUAACUGGUCUUUCAUUGGUGUGGAUGAAGCACAUCGACUGAAGAAUGAUGACUCGCUCCUCUACAAGACUAUGAUUGACUUCAAGUCCAAUCACAGGCUCCUCAUCACUGGAACACCGCUGCAAAACUCCCUCAAAGAGCUCUGGUCGUUGCUGCAUUUCAUUAUGCCUGAAAAGUUUCACUCUUGGGAGAUGUUUGAAGAGGAACAUGGGAAAGGACGGGAUUCUGGCUACACCAGUCUGCACAAAGAACUGGAACCUUUUCUUCUACGCAGAGUCAAGAAGGAUGUGGAGAAAUCUCUUCCUGCCAAAGUGGAGCAGAUCCUCCGAGUAGAAAUGAGUGCUAUCCAGAAACAGUAUUACAAAUGGAUCCUGACAAGGAACUACAAGGCUCUGAGUAAAGGUACCAAAGGCAGCACAUCAGGUUUCCUCAACAUCAUGAUGGAGUUGAAGAAGUGUUGUAACCACUGUUAUCUGAUCAAACCGCCCGAGGAUCAUGAAUUCUUGAACAGAGCUGAAGCAUUACAGCAACUUAUCCGCAGCAGUGGGAAGCUGAUUUUAUUGGACAAGUUGCUGGUUCGUCUGAAAGAGCGAGGCCACAGAGUACUAAUCUUCUCCCAGAUGGUUCGGAUGCUGGAUAUCCUUGCCGAUUACCUAAGAAGUCGACAGUUCCUUUUUCAGAGAUUAGAUGGCUCCAUCAAGGGGGAGAUGAGGAAGCAGGCAUUAGAUCAUUUUAAUGCUGAUGCGUCAGAGGAUUUCUGUUUCCUGUUGUCCACACGUGCUGGUGGCCUUGGUAUCAAUCUGGCUUCAGCUGACACAGUUGUCAUCUUUGACUCUGACUGGAACCCCCAAAAUGAUCUUCAAGCCCAGGCCAGAGCCCACAGGAUUGGACAGAAGAGACAAGUAAACAUCUAUCGAUUGGUGACAAAAGGUUCAGUGGAAGAGGAAAUAAUUGAAAGAGCAAAGAAGAAGAUGGUGCUGGAUCACCUUGUCAUUCAGAGAAUGGACACAACAGGAAAAACAGUCCUCCACACUGGCACAGCUCCCUCUAGUUCAGCACCAUUCAACAAGGAAGAGUUGUCCGCAAUCCUUAAAUUUGGUGCAGAGGAGCUAUUCAAAGAGCCAGAGGGUGAAGAGCAGGAGCCCCAGGAAAUGGAUAUUGAUGAGAUUCUCAAAAGAGCUGAGACAAGAGAGAAUGAUCCUGGACCUUCCACGGUGGGAGAAGAACUUCUGUCUCAAUUCAAGGUUGCAAACUUCACGAUGAUGGAGGAAGAGGAAAUAGACAUAGACUCAGAGCGUAGCCAGCGCAGUUGGGAUGACAUCAUUCCUCAGGAGCAGAGGAGGAGGAUGGAGGAGGAAGAGAGACAGAAGGAGCUUGAAGAAAUCUACAUGCUGCCGCGUAUGAGGAAUUGUGCCAAACAGAUGAGCUUUAAUGUUAAUGAGGGCAGAAGACAGGGCAGGAACAGGAGAUACUCAGGGUCCGACAGUGACUCCCACUCAGAUCGAAAGAGGCCCAAGAAACGAGGUCGGCCUCGGACCAUUCCGCGGGAAAAUAUCAAGGGCUUCAGUGACGCCGAGAUCCGGAGGUUUGUCAAAAGUUACAAGAAAUUUGGAGGACCAUUGGAACGGUUGGAUGCUAUUGCUCGUGAUGCCGAACUUGUGGAUAAGUCUGAACAUGACCUGAAACGCUUGGCUGAAACAGUUCACAACGGUUGUGUGAGAACGUUACGAGAAAAUCCCUGUGGCCCAGAGAAAAGUUCUGGAGGAAGAAGAGGGAAAGUAAAAGGGCCCACAUUCAGGAUCUCUGGUGUACAAGUCAACGCUAAGCUCGUUAUUUCUCAUGAGGAAGAGCUAGCUCCACUUCACAAGGCAAUCCCUGCAGAUCCCGAGGAGAGAAAAAAGUAUAUUAUUCCAUGCCACUCAAAGGCAGCACACUUUGACCUUGAGUGGGGGAAAGAGGAUGACUCUAGUUUGCUAAUAGGAAUCUACGAAUAUGGUUACGGCAGCUGGGAGAUGAUAAAAAUGGACCCAGACCUCAAUCUCACACACAAGCUCCUACCAGAUGACCCUGAUAAGAAACCGCAGGCCAAACAGCUACAGACCAGAGCAGACUACCUCAUCAAGUUACUGAGCAAGGACCUUGCCAAAAGAGAAGCUCAGAAACAAGCAGGCACAGCUAAUUCUCGAAAGAGGAGGCCAAGAAGCAAAAAAAGAGAUAAUCUGAAGUCAACUCCAAUAGAUGAGAUGAAUAAGAGUGCAUCGUCAGAUCCUCCAUCAGAGAAAAGGUCUGAGGAUGAAUUGGAAGAGGAAAAGGAGGAGGUGCCAGUGAAGGCUACAAGCAGACGAAGCAGAACAGACAGAGAGAUAUUGAAGGAAGAGACUCAGGAGGAGGAAGAUGAUGAUGAGGAGGAGGAGGCGCAACAGGAUGAUGGCUCUUCAUCCGGUGAGACGGAGAACAAAGAGGAAAUAAAGAAAGAAUGCAAACAGGAGAAAAAGGAAGACAGUUGGGACAGUAAAGAAACAAAGGAGCCAAAAGAGAAAAAAGAAAUCAAGCCUUUGGAAGCGUUCGAGAAAAAAGAGGUCAGUGUUGAAAGGACGGAAAGCAAAACCGAGGUCAGAGAACGGAUAAAGAAAACAUCCGAUAUUCCAGUCCAUAUAACAGCAACUGGAGAGAAUAUUCCAGUGUCUGAGGAGUCUGAAGAAUUAGACCAGAAAACCUUUAGUGUGUGUAAAGAAAGGAUGCGGCCUGUGAAAGCCGCCCUGAAACAGCUGGACCGGCCGGAGAAGGGACUUUCUGAGCGAGAGCAGCUCGAGCAUACCAGGCAAUGUCUCAUCAAGAUUGGAGACCACAUCACUGAGUGUCUGAAGGAAUAUUCCAAUCCUGACCUCAUUAAGCAGUGGAGAAAAAACCUGUGGAUAUUUGUCUCUAAAUUCACUGAAUUUGAUGCCAGGAAAUUGCAUAAGUUAUAUAAACAUGCCAUCAAGAAAAGACAAGAGAACACUCAGGCAAUGGAGCAGAACACUAGGAGUAUAAACACAAUGGGUUUUAAACAUGCAGAUAUGGAACGGGUGAGGGACAACUCUCACCAGGAUGACAGCAGCAGGGACAGUUAUAGCUCAGACAGACAUCAGUCCUCAGCUCGUUGCCAUGACAGCAGCAAGGAGAGACACACUUCUGAGCUUUACAAGAAGACUCUGGGCGAUUCCAGAAAAAGGCCCUACUCCUCAUUUAGCAAUGGCAAAGACCACAGAGACCACUACCGACCAGACAGCAGGGAUCGAGAUAGACAGGACAGACAUCACAGCGAUGCGAAGCAAAGGAAGCUGGAGGAUUUGCGCUCUGGUAGAGACCACUGGCUGGACUUGAAGGAUCUCUCUCACUCAGACCAGCGCUCGUCUUACCGGUACCAGUCAGACUGGCAGGCGGAGCAGAGGGCCUCUGCCAGCGGGCCCCGCUCCCCCCGAGACCAGCGCUCACCUUAUGAAUCGCGCUCACCGCUGGGUCAUUGCUCUCCUUUUGACUAUUCCUCUGACCACAAGAGCACACCGGAGCAGAUCUGGACCACCCGUAAGACAUAACAGGAGCUGCCCAGGCCUGCUCGUAGCUGCUGCAAACUCGCAAACACAGUCCAUGCCUUACAGGGAAGCUGUAAAAAGCACUGUGCCAUGACUGGAGAUAAACGCUAAGCAGUGCCUCAAAACCAGGCAUCAAGAAGGGGGUCGGGGGGAAUCAUAGCCUAUUUUUGUAUUUAAGAGUUAAAUGCUGCCUGCAGCACACUUUUUGUUAUUUUUAUAAAGAUUCUUUUUUUAACCGCUGGACAUAAUUGACCCUGAGUGCUGCCUCGUACUCCCACCAACCCAUGACACUGGAUCCUGUUUUUUGACUGUUAUUCAUGUCUGUCUGUCUCAAUUAUGUUCCAUGUGAUUAUCUACCUUAUUUAAUUAUUAAGUCAGUUGACCUGUCAGCUGUCAUGUUACUAGCUGAUGUUAAAGUCCAGGCUGGGUUCAGACUCACCACCUGAUGUGUACCUCAUUUGCAUAAUUUCUCAUUUCUUUGUGUGAGAAUUAUUUAAGAUUUUAGAUGUUUAAAAAAAUGCAUUUGCUCUCAGCAUUUUACGAGCAAUUUUUCCCCUUCUGUAAUAUUGUAAAUUUGUGUAAAAUAUUAAAUCGGUGGUCUCUUUCCUCAGGCUUUUUGGAUUAAUUAAGAUUUCACUUUUUCUUAUAAACUCAGGCUUUUUUGUUCUACAAGUGAGUUUCUGUAUUAUAGUUCUUUUAUGAACAUGCUUUCAGAAUGUAACUUUUGGUAAAGGGAAAAUUUUUGCUGAUUUUUGUUUCUAGUAAUUCUCUGAAAUCAGUCUACAAAGACCUGCUUAGAUACUUCCCACAAGUUAUUUUAUUUUUUAUGUAGGCAGUAAUAAUGUCAAUGUUCUAUGCACCCAAGUAUAUUUGUGCUAAACCACCCAACUGAAUGAAGUCACUGUUAAGGUUCACACUUGUACAUAACUCCCGUCUAUAUUUCAGAAUCAAGUUACACUGAGAGUGCAUGGAUUUUUAUGAACUGUUUUUAUAUAGUUGUUUAUGAAGCCAUUAAAAUCAAUCACUGUACUCUCUUGACCAAUGCUUAUAUGUUUCUCAAUUAAAUCUAUCUAAAACUAUACAACACUUGACCACAGUUAUCUUCUGUUAUGCUUAUGACCUUUUUUGAUGAUCACUUGACUAGAUUCAGGGCGGGGUUGACAUGUUGGACUGCUGUAUUGUUAUUCUCGUUUGGAUCUGAGUAAGAGCCCCCAGAAACUACAAAAUUGAACAGCGCUGCUGGGAUACUGGGAGUCCAAAAACUGGAUGCUCCCCCUCACUUAUUCCAACCCAACAUCCAAUUCAGCUAUACCCACAAAGCAAGGUACCCUGGUUGACCCUUUAGGUCCCUUAUUCUGUAUUUUUUUUUCCUGUGAAGUGCAUUCAAUUUUCUAAAAAUACCUUGUUCUAUGGAAUUGGAUAAAUAUUGGAUAAUUUAGUCUUUUUUGUCACUUAGUAUUGUUUUGUUGACACCUAGUAUUGUGGAGGUGUUGUGUUCUACACCACUAAUAACAAACAUCUGAAUAGUGGAUGCAGUAUUAACACACACUGGUUAUACUCUUUAAGUGCAUGUUUUAGAGUGUAAGUAAGCAAAUGUGAUAGCACGUAUGAGGCAGUGCGGAACAAUUACAUUUUCCAUCUGUAAGCAGAAGAAACUUACUUAACCCAACACUGCCUUAGUAGGCAGGUCAUUACUGACCAUGUUGUACACAGUCACUGUGUCAAAUCGAAACUUUAAUGAUCACAUCACAGCAAACAGAGUAGCAUGACUAGCACAAAAGUAAAAAAAGUGAUUCACAAAAUAGACACAAAACAUGCACUUUAAACGAUAUUUACAGGCUCCCAGCAUGAUUUGCAGCACUAAGGCCCUCCAUAGUGCCGCAAAGCAUGCAUGUAAAGUGUUUUAAACUGCAUGUUUUGUCAAUUAUUUCAUGAGUCAUUUUUUUUGUUUUAUUUUGUGCUAGUUAUGCUGCUGUGGUGUGAUAAUUUUAGUUUUAAUGUGACAGAGUGUGUACAGCAUCGUCAGUAAUGACCUGACUACACAGGCAGUGUGUGAAAUGCAAUUGUUCCUCACUGCCUAGUGAGCGCCACCAUAUGGUACCUUACAAACACGCUCAAACAGUUUUGGACAUGCAUGCUAACAGUGUAACCAGUUUGUUUGUUGGACAAGUCGCACAACAUUUUCAAAUGUUGGAACUCAGUGUGCACAUAAGGUGCACCACUUUGUAAGGCGCCAUUUCUAAUGUGGCCUCACCACUAUUCAAACAAUUUAAAACCCUUAUGAUCGUUAAAAUGCAGUAAAAAAAAAAAAAAACUUGGGAGACUAAAAUCUGCGAACAUGGGGGGCCGUGAACUAUGAACCACGAAUGGACAAGAACACACUGUAUAUAGAUGUUAGAAUUUUUUUGUGUGUCAACCUCAAAUUGCACUCACAGGAUCACAAAGAAACACCAUCAUCUCUUGGUAAAACAGGUGUACUACAAUGGCAUGACGCUUCACCUGUAGGGAGCAAUCGAGAGUAAACGCUGCCCUUCUUCACUAGUGAUUCUCAGCACGGGACCCCAAAGUAGGUUGGGCAUAGGUAAUUUGCUUUACGGUUGCUUUGGUCAGUAGCCUGCAUGACAUUUCCUAAAAAGAUGAAUUAUUCUGGAAAAAGAAGCGAUUUCAUCAUUUUUGUCCAUGCAGUUAUCUUCACCCUGGGUGUGAGAAUUUGUGUAAUGGCUAAAAUGUUCUUUAACGUUACUCAUUUAUAUAAAAACUGGGUAGUGAUUUGGCAAUAGAAAAACAUGUAACAGUUGACAAAGUCAAUGAAUCCUAUAGUUCAAUUGCUGCAAGUCAAAA